ACACAACCAACAACAUAAGAUUCAGCAAGAAAUUGAGUAACCUCAAAUAGCAAAAUUGUUUAAUUUUGUGGUAAAGUUGCAAUUUUUACUUAAAUCAGAAGGGGGGCAAUACAAAAACAAAACAAAGGUAACAAACACUUUUCGAUUUCACACAAGAAAAAAAGACUAAUAGAGAACAGUAAAAAAAGAAGAACAAGAAGAAGAAACAUAACAAGAACCUUAAAGAUUGUUGUGUUUCGAGAAAAAUAUACAUUUAUCAUCAACAUUGGGAAUCUAAGACCCAAUUUCAAUUUCAAAUCGUUCAAUCAAAAGGGUUACUUAUUCAUUCAUAAAGUUCUAAGCUUGUAUAUAAAUAUAGCUUUUUUCUUCAUUUUAUACUAGUUCACAACUAUUCAAAGUUCAGAUCUUUAACCAUAUUUUCUCUUCAAUUUCAGGGGUGAUACGUAAAUAGAUUAAUAUGCCGGAUAUUGAGAAGUUAAAUAACAAAGGAUCUACAAAAUCCAAUAACUCAAAGGAACAUAUUGAGUUGAAGGUAGAUUCGCCGCGACUCAAAAAAAGUAGCACAAAACUCCAAGAGAAGAAACACAAACUGAAAUCAAAAUCUCAUAAACUCAGUGGCUGCACAAAUGCGCCAGAGAGGACAGCUACUAAUGAUUCUUCUAACAAGGCACCAAACAAGAAGAACGAUUCUUCAAAUAAAAGAUUGAUUAUUAGAAAAAAUCUUCAUAAAACUGAUCGGAAUUCUUCACCGGUGCAGCCGUCAACAAAAAUACAAGGAGGACAAAUUUCUCUUAAUAAUCCUAGGAAACGUGAGAAACAUGUUGAUGAGGAGGCAAAUAUUCAAAAACGUAAGAGAAGGAGAAAGAAGAAAAAACAAAAACAAAAUGUAGAUCUUGAUGAUACUUCACGCCUCCAAAGAAGAACAAGGAAUCUCUUAAUCAGAAUGAAGCAAGAGCAGAACCUUAUUGAUGCUUACUCCGGAGAAGGUUGGAAAGGUCAAAGUCGAGAGAAGAUUAGGCCAGAAAUGGAGCUACAAAGAGCAAAGAAGCAGAUUUUAAAAUGCAAGCUUAGUAUCCGUGAUGCCAUUCGCCAGCUGGAUUCUCUUAGUUCAGUUGGUAGCAUUGAAGGUUCUGUCAUUGCUAAGGAUGGAUCUGUUUCUCAUGAACAUAUAUUCUGUGCAAAUUGCAAGAUGAACGAAGCUUUUCCAGAUAAUGAUAUUAUACUCUGUGAUGGCACAUGUAAUCGUGCGUUUCACCAGAGAUGUCUUGAUCCUCCUUUGGAUACUGAAAACAUUCCUCCUGGAGACCAAGGCUGGUUUUGCAAGUUUUGUGAAUGUAAGAUAGAAAUACUAGAGGCAACAAAUGCGCAUCUCGGGACUCGUUUCUCCUUAGACAGUACUUGGCAGGAUGUAUUCAAGGAAGAGGCUGCUAUUCCUGACGGAGAUGAUGCAUUACUAAAUCAAGAAGAAGAAUGGCCGUCAGAUGAUCCUGAAGACGAUGACUAUAAUCCAGAGGGGAAAGAAGACAGCCACGACGGCAUCAACACAGAAGGAAAUGAUGAAAAUGCAUCUGAUGAUUCAAGUAGUUCUGGCAGUAUGUGGUCUUUAAAUGGAGAAUGUUCUCUGUUAGAUGAAGGCAUCAACCUUGAAUAUUAUUCUGUUAACGGCCACGUAGAUUCUGAUGAAUCCGGGGAAAUAGCAUGCGGCCGUAGGCAGCGAAGAGCUGUUGACUACAAGCAGCUUUAUGAUGAAAUGUUUGGGAAGGAUGCUCUUCCAUAUGAACAAGUGAGUGAAGACGAAGAUUGGGGUCCUGGAAAAAGACGGCGAAGAGAAAAGGAAUCUGAUGCAGUUAAUACUCUUAUGACUCUGCAUGAAAGUGAAAAUAAACAUCCGAAUAAAGAGAAGAAAGAUAGAAUAAGAGGGGAUUCUUCAGGCAUAAAAAGACCUUGUUUCAGGCUUCCACAUGAUGCAGUUCAGAAGCUUCGCCAGGUUUUUGCAGAGAAUGAGCUUCCUCCAAAAUCUGUGAAGGAUGCCCUUUCGCAAGAAUUGGGAAUUGAUGCUGCAAAGGUUAACAAAUGGUUCAAAAAUGCACGUUACAUGGCACUUAAAAUGAGAAAGCAUCGAGAAGGAGAAGAACAGCCUCAAAGUCUCGCUUCUAAGACCUCAAAGGAUUCUACGUCACAACAUGUGCAGAAAGAUGAGAUUUUGAAACCGGAAGUCUCAAAAAUUACCGUGGUUCAUUCUCAGAAGAAGAUUGAAAAUGUCACUGACAAAGAGAAAACAAAGGCAUCCAGCAGUCCCUUGAAGAAAAAGCGAAAGCGACCCGAAAUACCUCCACCCUUGAGUGAAAAUGGCAACAAGGAAUCAAUGGAGGUCAAUGAUGAUUUCAACGAAGAUGUUAGCUUGAUGAAACUGUUGAAAGAAAGGAAAAAGAAGGUAGGUUUUGCAUUCGAAGGAAACUCUGAGGCAGCCGAGAUAGAAUUCGAAAGACUCAGCAAAGUAAAGAUGAAACUAGAUAGAUUGAAGCAAAAAUUAAGUCAAGUUCAAAAUUCCAGAUCAAAGGGUUCAGAUGAAGUUUAUUUGAAUGAGCCAUCUAUUAUUUAUGUACCAGUAGCUGAGUUAAGGGAAAAAGUUAAAUAGUAACUAUAUACUAUAGAGUAUAUAUUUUUGGAACAUUUUUGCACAGUAGGGUAAUAAUACAUUAAUGUAUGGCUGUUAUUUUUGUGUGCUAUGAAAUGAAUAAACUGUUUUGAAGG